ACGGGGUCACACCGUCUACCCACCCAUCCAGUCCUUUACUGGCUCCACCCCCCAAGCCACCCCUACCCUCGAGCUUGCCUCUCAUCCCUCUCCACUUUCACUUUCCAGCCCCAACAUGGAGGAAGGAGUCAGCCAAAAGUGGUUCGAACCCUUCUUGGCCAUAGUUGGUUGCACAUGUGCCAUAGUCUUCAGCAGUUUGGGUGCAGCUUAUGGCAUAGGAAAAAGUUCCGGUGGUAUCACAGCCUCAGCAGUCAUGCGACCUGAGCAAAUCAUGAGGUCAAUCAUUCCUAUCGUCAUGGCCGGGAUCAUCGCCAUCUAUGGCCUGGUGGUGGCCGUUGUCAUUGCCCACAGUAUGGAGGAGGACAUCUCCCUUCACACUAGUAUACUUCAGCUGGGAUCAGGCAUCACCGUGGGCUUGUGCGGGGUAGCAGCUGGUUAUACCAUCGGCAUUACAGGCGAUGCUGGUGUUCGCGGGACAGCACAACAGCCCAGACUGUUCGCGGGACUGGUCCUGAUCCUGAUCUUCUCCGAGGUGCUUGGCCUGUACGGCCUGAUUGUGGGCCUCAUUCUGUCUACAUCACUGUAGACCCCCUUCUCCCCGUCUUCCAAGUACUCCUUCUCCCCUGCUCCCACCUGUCUUCAACCACCUCGUGUCUCCUAAUUUGCUCCAGAACAAAUGGCCUGACCCUAGGUGGAGUAGUCCAGUUCAGCCCGUAGGAGUUCAUCCAGUAAAAGCGCCAAGCCUUGGGGACUCUCAUUGCUCGGAGCUAGAUUGUCUUGCCCUUGAAUGGGCCCAUUGCAGUCUCUGUUUACCGUUACUACUCUGGGUAGAAAGAUGAAUUCGAAUCGUCAUUUUUCUCUUCAACGGAUAUUUAUAAAGAUUGAACAUGUUCACAA